AAUGUGAACGCGGACCUUGUGGCCACGAUUCCACUUGGGAGGUUCAGCUUCCAUGUCUGGGACGCUACAGGCGCCUGGGUGGUUCGUGUCACAGAGGAAUAUUCCAUAGUGUCCUGCAGGAUCUGUAACGCCAGCCAUGAGGAAAGAGCCUGGCCGCUUCCUGUCACCUUCCUCUGUCCCAGAACUAAAGCUGCAGUCUUGGUUUCUGUACUCCUGCACUCAGCAGGAGCCACAGGUACUGGUCCAUUGCUGUGCCAGCCAGCACCCAGAUGUGGGGACCAGAUUUACAACCCCUUCAAGCAGUGCUGUGACAACGACACCAUCCUGCCCCUGAAUGGCACCGGCCUCUGUGGCCCCGGAUGUAUCUACUGGCCCUGUUUUCAACAUUGUUGCCUGGAGUCCUCAGCUUCCAAGAACCAAGGGAUUGUGAGGUUGAAGGUCCCAGGCAUGAAGCCCGACUGCAGAUCCUCCCCCAUCUCCACAAUCUGUGCCCAGGAGCCUCACCCCACUAGCUCUCAGACAGAUCUGACUUCCUCUAGAACAUCUUGGAGAACAGAGUUUCAAGUCAUUUCAGAAUCUGAUAUUUUGUAACCAGCCAUUUGGAGAGUGAUUUUUCACUAUUUCUAUUUUUUUAUUAUUAUUAAAUUGGUUCUUUGAUGGUUUCA